CUGUGCCAGAAAUAAUGAUGCCUGUACUAACAAAGAAGCACUGCCGUUCUCUUUGUGGUGAGCGCUUCAAUGCCUGGACAAGUCUGAGAGCACACCAGCUCAUUCACACUGGAGAGAGGUCCUACGCCUGCCAGCAUUGUGACAAAAGGUUUUCACGGUCAGGGGAUCUCAAACAACACCAACGCGUUCACACAGGAGAGAGACCAUAUGCCUGCCAGCAUUGUAGCAAAAGGUUUUCACAGGCAGGGCAUCUCCAAGUUCACCAACGCAUCCACACAGUAGAGAGGCCCUAUGCCUGCCACCAGUGUGGCAAAAGCUUUUCAAGGUCAGGGGAUCUCAAACAACACCAACGCGUUCACACAGGAGAGAGACCAUAUGCCUGCCAGCAUUGUAGCAAAAGGUUUUCACAGGCAGGGCAUCUCCAAGUUCACCAACGCAUCCACACAGAAGAGAGGCCCUAUGCCUGCCACCAGUGUGGCAAACGUUUUUCACAAGCAGGGCAUCUCCAAGUUCACCAACGCAUUCACACUGGAGAGAGGCCCUAUGCCUGCCAACAUUGUAAAAAAUGUUUCACAGAGGCAGGACAUCUCAAACGACACAACCGCAUUCACACUGGAGAGAGACCCUAUAUCUGCCAGCAUUGUAGCAAAAGUUUUUCACAGGCAAGGGAUCUCAAACGACACCAACGCAUUCACACAGGAGACGAGCCUUAG